CCGGCCCCGGAAACAGAAGUGGAUUAAAAGGUCAGGGGCAUUCCAAGAUGGUGGCACACAUGGCUAAAAUUAGAAGUUUGAGCAGACUGCAAAGGUUUGGCCUUGCAGCGUACAGGCGUUAUAGCAGUGGCACCGGAUACCCCAAUAUCUCGCUCUCCACUGCUCUUCCAGGCACGCCCAAGCCAGUUUUUGCAACUGUAGAUGGGCAGGAGAAGUACGAAACUAAAAUAACCACUCUGGAAAAUGGGCUCAGAGUGGCUUCCCAGAAUAAGUUUGGCCAGUUCUGUACAGUAGGAAUUUUAGUCAAUUCAGGAUCCAGACAUGAGACAAAAUAUCCCAGCGGCAUUUCACAUUUUCUUGAGAAACUGGCUUUUUCGUCUACCGCCCAAUAUGGAAGCAAGGAUGAAAUCCUCUUAACUCUGGAGAAACAUGGAGGGAUCUGCGACUGCCAGACUUCCAGAGACACCACAAUGUAUGCUGUGUCAGCGGAGGUGAAAGGUUUGGAGACUGUGGUCAACCUGUUGUCUGAUGUAGUGCUGCAGCCAAGGCUAACAGAUGAUGAAAUUGAGAUGACACGGAUGGCAGUGAGGUUUGAGCUGGAAGAUCUGAACAUGAGACCUGAUCCUGAGCCUCUCCUCACUGAGAUGAUCCAUGCGGCUGCGUAUCGGGGAAACACAGUGGGCCUGCCCCGCUUCAGCCCCCUAGAGAACAUUGACAAGAUUGACCAGGUCGUGCUGCACGGCUACCUGCGCAACUACUACAGCCCUGAGCGCAUGGUACUGGCUGGAGUGGGUAUAGAGCAUGACCAACUGGUAGAGUGUGCUAGGAAGUACCUGCUGGGAGUGAAGCCGGUGUGGGGGGCAGGGAAGACUGGAAAUGUGGACCUCUCUGUGGCACAAUACACAGGGGGCAUCGUCAAGAGUGAGAAGGACAUGUCUGAUGUCAGUCUUGGACCCACUCCAAUGCCAGAGCUGACUCACAUCAUGAUUGGAUUGGAAAGCUGUUCAUUCCUGGAAGAUGACUUCAUUCCCUUUGCAGUGCUGAAUAUGAUGAUGGGAGGGGGAGGUUCAUUUUCAGCAGGUGGACCCGGAAAGGGAAUGUUUACCAGGCUCUAUCUCAAUGUCCUUAACAGGCACCACUGGAUGUACAACGCAACGGCUUACCACCACAGCUAUGAAGACACAGGGCUGCUUUGUAUCCAUGCUAGUGCAGACCCCAGACAGGUGAGGAAAGAUUGAUUAGAUAUUGACAGU